AUGAAAAACCAACCAGUCGUUAUAGAUAACGGAUCAGGAUCAUGCCGAGUCGGUUUGUCUUGGGAUUAAACUCCAAGCCACUGCUUCCCUGCAGUUGUAGGAAAACCAAAGAAAUAAGGAAUUAUGAUUGGUAUGGACAGCAAAGAUGUCUACGUUGGUGAUGAGGCUUUAGCUUUGAGAAGACUCUUAAAUAUAUAGUCCCCAUUUGAGAAUGGUAUUAUAAAAAAUUGGGAAGAUAUGGAAAGAAUUUGGCAAUAUGCUAUUAAUGAAUUAAGAGUCAAUCCAGAAGAUCAUCCAGUUCUUUUGACUGAACCAAUGUUCUUCUAAGAAUCCAACAGAGAGAAAAUGAUACAAGUCUUUUUUGAAACAUUCAAAGUACCAAAAUUUUAGGUUCAUAACGAAGCAGCAUUGGCACUCUAUAGUUCUGGAAGAAUCACAGGUUUUGUAGUGUCAUGUGGAGAAAGUUGUACAUACACAAUCCCAAUCUAUGAGGGUAAAGUUCUUUCAUAUGCUGCUCUCAGAAUUUGCUUGGGAGGAAAUGCAUGCACUGAAUAUUUUGUUAGGAUCUUGACUGAAUUGGGUCUUUCAUUCGAAUCAUCUACUGAAUUGGAAAUUGCCAGAGAUAUUAAAGAGAAAUUAUGCUAUGUUGCUCUUGAUUAUGAAGAGGAAAUGAAGAUAUACAAGGAAAGUAAGGCCAAAAACAAACAUUAUGAAUUACCAGAUGGAAACAUAAUUGUAAUCGAAGACCAAAGAUUCCGAUGUCCUGAACUACUCUUCAAACCAAAAUUAAUUGGUUUUGAAGUUGGAGGUAUCGAUGAAUUAACUCACAAAUAAAUUUUAAAAUGCUAAGAAGAAAUCAGAGACAAUCUUUAUAAAAAUAUUGUCCUGUCAGGAGGUACUAGCCUGUUCCCAGGACUCGAAGAAAGACUAAGGAGAGAAUUAUACUUUCUUGUUCUAUCAAAAUAGAAAAUCAAAAUUGUUGCCUAUAGAGAAAGAUUCUAAGAAUGGAUAGGUGGAUAAAUCUUAUCUUCAUUAUCUUACUCUGAAAAUAUGUGGAUCACAAGAAGAGAAUACGAUGAAAACGGUCCAACCAUAGUUCACAGAAAAUGUUAGACAGUCACUUGA